AUGAAGACCUCUGGAGCUUGUAUACUGCUGUGUCUCUUAGCACUCUCCCUGUCCCCAGCUGACUGGUUUCCUUGGGUGGUCAAUGGGCAAGACCUGGAAAGUGCAACUGGUGAAGUUAGCACUGACUCUCUUGUCAACACCCCAGCUGCAGCUGUCACACCACCUGUGCUUCUUAGUCCUGUUCAGUCUGACAGCGAAACUACAACAGCUUCAUCAGAUUGUCGUGAAGAAAAGUUUCCUUGCACACGCCUGUACUCUGUUCACAAACCAGUCAAGCAGUGUAUCAGCUACCUCUGUGUUACAAGUGUUCGUCGCAUGUACAUCAUAAACAAGGAGGUGUGUUCUCGCAUCGUCUGCAAGGAGAACGAGGUCAUGCAAGAUGAGAUCUGCCGUCAGCUGGCUGGCCUUCCUUCUCGACGUCUUCGCCGAUCUGGGCCACCCCUGCAUCUCCCUUGCAGACAACUCCUGGAGCAGCAGCACAGGCAGCCUGAUGCUCUGUGAGCUACCAGCAGUGAGGAAGAAAAAGGGUGAGGAGAGACAUCAUCAUCCACUACCUACAACCCAAGACAAGUCCUCAUUUGUUAUUUUGCCACCAUUUAUUUGCUUCUCUGCCUUCCCCCACACCCUCUUCUUCAGUUGCUGCAGAACACAGAGUCCCCUCUCU